CACUGUAAAACCGAUCGUCCGGCCCGGCAUCCCCAUUUCCAAAUAACCCUAGGCUAGGGCUUUUUGUAUAAAUCAGUAAAUACAUACUAGGCGUCAACGGCUAAACUCUUUCUAAUAUUCAGCUCUGUUGUGCCGAUCAGCGUCUGCGAUUUCAGUUUUCAAGGGAGUGAAACAUGAGGAGGUAUAGCCCAGCAUACUAUAGUCCUCCAAGGAGGGGAUAUGGAGGUCGACCUAGGAGCCCUCCAAGAAGGGGAUAUGGAGGUGGUGGAAGGCAUAGGGAACAGAAUCAUGGGAGCCUCUUGGUUCGAAAUAUUCCUCUAGAUUGCAGGCCAGAAGAACUUCGAGCUCCAUUUGAAAGAUUUGGACUAGUCAGAGAUGUUUAUCUUCCAAAGGACUAUUAUACAGGGGAACCUCGUGGUUUUGCAUUUGUUCAGUUUGUCGAUUCUUAUGAAGCUGCAGAGGCUCAGUACCACAUGGAUGGGAAGGUUUUUGCUGGGAGGCAGAUAUCUGUGGUUGUUGCAGCUGAGACGAGGAAAAGACCUGAGGAUAUGAGACGAAAAUCUAGGGUCAGGGGACCAUCUGGUUAUGGAGGAAGGUCAUCGCAUUAUGGACGUUCUCACUCUCGGUCACGGUCACGCUCUCCUCCAAAUGCAUCAGGUUCCAGAGCCCGUCAUAGAUCAAGGUCCUAUUCCCCUGAUGAUCUACAACGAAGAGAUUAUUCUGUAUCUCCAGAUAGAAGGCACUCAAAUCACCCUAGGUCUCGACGAGAACAUGGUGUCCAUCACCGUCGAAGAUCAGUUUCUCCAGGAUAUGAGAAUAUUGCUGGUGAAAAUGGAAACAGCCAUGGCAAGGAACAUUUGAACGAGGCGAGGGAAGCACAAACACAAACACAAACACAAACUCGCUGGAGAUCAUCACCCAGACAAACAUCAAGAUCACCACCUCGGUCUAGGUCUAGAUCUGCUGAUGUUUUGCCCAGGGAUAGCUAAUAAUCUCAAAGCAUCAUGACCAUACAUUCUUCAUUUUGCUUCGAGUAGAUCUAUUGAUGAAUGUUAGCUUUCGGUAUUUAAGAAUGCAAAACUCUUAUUCUUACCAUUGUUGUUCUGGUUAUUAUACUUUGUAGACAAAUCAACUGCCAUUGGAGGGUUUUGAAUUUCAUAUCCUUUCUUUCUGUAAUAUAAUAUGUUGUCCCCUUGACUCAA